GGCAGUCCGAUGGAUCCGAUGGUCAUGAAGAGACCGCAGCUGUACGGCAUGGGCAAUAACCCUCAUUCGCAGACACAGCAGAGCAGCCCCUACCCCGGGCAGUCGUACGGCCCUCCUGGCCCCCAGCGCUAUCCUGUGGGAAUGCAGGGCCGGGCCCCGGCAGCCAGCCAGUAUCCACAGCAACAGAUCCCGCCUCAGUAUGGUCAGCAAGGUGUAAGCGGCUACUGCCAGCAGGGCCAGCAACCCUAUUACAACCAGCAGCCACAGCCUCAGCAUCUGCCACCCCAGGCACAGUAUCUCUCGCAGGCCCAGCAGAGGUACCAGGCUCAGCAGGACAUGUCUCAGGAAGGCUAUGGAACCAGAUCUCAACCCCCUAUGGCCCCAGGAAAGCCUAACCACGAAGACUUGAAUCUGAUCCAGCAGGAAAGACCAUCAAGCUUACCAGUUGAAGUCUUGGCCUCGGAGGAUGCUACAUUUGGACACAAGGAUUUAUCUGGCUCCAUUGACGACCUGCCGACUGGAACUGAAGCAACGCUGAGUUCAGCCGUGAGCGCGUCCGGCUCCACGAGCAGCCAAGGGGAGCAGAGCAACCCUGCACAGUCGCCGUUCUCCCCUCACGCCUCUCCGCAUCUCUCCGGCAUCCCGGGAGGUCCGUCGCCUUCCCCCGUCGGCUCGCCUGUUGGAAGCAACCAGUCAAGAUCUGGUCCCAUUUCUCCAGCAAGUAUUCCAGGCAGUCAGAUGCCACCGCAGCCUCCUGGCAGCCAGUCAGAAUCCAGCUCCCACCCUGCUUUGAGCCAGUCACCAAUGCCACAGGAUCGAGGCUUCAUGGCAGGCAUACAGAGGAACCCCCAAAUGUCACAGUAUGGACCUCAGCAAAGUGGACCGUCCAUGUCACCACACCCUUCACCUGGAGGCCAAGUCCACCCUGGAAUCGGUAGUUUUCAGCAGAGUAAUUCAAGUGGUACUUAUGGGCCUCAGAUGAGCCAGUAUGGACCACAAGGAAACUAUUCCAGACCACCGACAUACAGCGGCGUGCCCAACGCGAGCUACAGCGGCCCGGGACCCGGCAUGGGGAUAAAUGCCAACAGCCAGAUGCACGGCCAGGGGCCCAGCCAGCCGUGUGGCACCAUGCCGCUGGGACGGAUGCCCUCGGCCGGGAUGCAGAGCAGACCCUUCCCUGGCAACAUGAGCAGCAUGACCCCCAAUUCUCCCGGCAUGGCUCAGCAGGGAGGCCCUGGCAUGGGCCCUCCCAUGCCAACUGUGAACCGUAAGGCGCAGGAGGCGGCUGCUGCAGUGAUGCAAGCUGCUGCAAACUCCGCUCAGAGCAGGCAAGGCAAUUUUCCUGCCAUGAACCAGAGUGGCAUCAUGGGAUCCAGCUCGCCCUACACUCAGCCCAUGAACAACAGCUCCGGCCUGAUGACGCCGCAGGCUCCCCCGUACAGCAUGGCCCCGAACAUGGUGAACAGCUCAGCAGCACCUAUGGGUCUUGCAGAUAUGAUGACGCCCGGUGAGUCCAAACUCCCGCUUCCUCUCAAAGCGGACGGCAAGGACGAAGGCGGCCCGCAGCCCGAGAGCAAGGCCAAGGAUAGCUACAGCUCUCAGGGUAUUUCUCAGCCCCCAACCCCAGGCAACCUGCCAGUCCCUUCCCCAAUGUCCCCAAGCUCUGCUAGCAUCUCCUCAUUUCAUGGAGAUGAAAGUGAUAGCAUUAGCAGCCCAGGCUGGCCAAAGACUCCAUCAAGCCCUAAAUCAAGCUCCUCUACCACAACUGGAGAGAAGAUCACAAAGGUGUAUGAGCUGGGAAGCGAGCCGGAGCGCAAGCUGUGGGUGGACCGGUACCUCACCUUCAUGGAGGAGCGGGGCACGCCUGUGGCCAGCCUGCCGGCCGUGGGCAAGAAGCCCCUGGACCUCUUCAGGCUCUAUGUCUGUGUCAAGGAGAUUGGAGGCUUAGCACAGGUUAAUAAAAACAAGAAGUGGCGUGAGCUGGCAACCACCUUGAACGUUGGCACCUCGAGCAGUGCCGCCAGCUCCCUGAAAAAACAGUACAUCCAGUACCUGUUCGCCUUCGAGUGCAAGAUUGAGCGCGGGGAGGAGCCCCCUCCAGAAGUCUUCAGUACUGGAGAUACAAAGAAACAGCCUAAGAUUCAGCCGCCAUCUCCUGCCAAUUCCGGUUCCUUACAAGGCCCACAGACUCCACAGUCUACUGGCAGUAAUUCCAUGACAGAAGUGCCAGGCGAUUUGAAGCCCCCAACACCAGCAUCAACACCUCAUGGACAAAUGACACCUAUGCAGGGUGGCAGGAACAGCGCAGUGAGCGUGCACGACCCCUUUUCGGAUGUAAGCGAUUCGUCAUUCCCGAAGCGCAACUCCAUGACGCCAAACGCACCAUACCAGCAGGGAAUAAACAUGCCAGACAUGAUGGGAAGGAUGCCCUAUGAGCCGAAUAAAGACCCAUUCGGUGGAAUGAGAAAAGUGCCUGGAAGCAACGAGCCUUUCAUGACCCCUGGACAAAUGCCCAACAGUGGAAUACAAGAUAUGUAUAACCAGAGUCCCUCUGGAGCCAUGUCCAACAUGAGCAUGAGCCAGCGACAGCAGUUCUCUUACGGCAGCGGCUAUGACAGGAGGCAUGAACCAUAUGGGCAGCAGUAUCCAGGACAAGGACCUCCCUCAGGACAACCACCAUAUGGAGGACAUCAGCCUGGAAUGUAUCCACAGCAGCAGAACUACAAGCGACACAUGGAUGGCAUGUAUGGGCCUCCGGCCAAGCGCCACGAGGGGGACAUGUACAACAUGCAGUACGGCAACCAGCAGCAGGACAUGUACAACCAGUACGGCAACGCCUACAGCGGGCCCGACAGGAGGCCCAUGCAGGGCCAGUAUCCCUACCCAUACAACCGGGAGAGGAUGCAGGGCCCGGGGCAAAUGCAGCAGCACGGAAUACCUCCCCAGAUGAUCGGGGGCCCCAUGCAGUCGUCGUCCUCCAGCGAGGGGCCUCAGCAGAACAUGUGGCCGACGCGCAAUGAGAUGCCUUACCCUUACCAGAACAGGCAAGGCCCCGGAGGCCCCGCGCAGGCCCCGCCGUACCCAGGGAUGAAUCGCACUGAUGAGAUGAUGGUACCUGACCAGAGAAUAAACCACGAGAGUCAGUGGCCUUCUCAUGUCAACCAACGUCAGCCUUCUUAUAUGUCAUCCUCAGCCUCCAUGCAGCCUAUCACCAGACCUCCUCAGUCAUCCUACCAGACGCCACCCUCUAUGCCAAACCACAUUUCUAGAGCUCCAAGCCCAGCAUCCUUCCAGCGCUCUCUGGAAAACCGUAUGUCUCCAAGCAAGUCUCCUUUCCUACCUUCCAUGAAGAUGCAAAAGGUGAUACCCACCGUUCCAGUGUCACAGGUCACAGGACCUCCACCCCAGCCACCUCCAAUUAGGCGGGAAAUCACCUUCCCCCCAGGCUCUGUAGAAGCAUCGCAACCAGUCUUAAAACCAAGACGAAAGAUUACCUCAAAAGAUAUUGUGACUCCUGAGGCCUGGAGAGUGAUGAUGUCUCUCAAAUCUGGUCUUUUGGCCGAAAGUACCUGGGCGCUAGACACUAUUAAUAUUCUUCUGUAUGACGACAGCACUGUUGCUACUUUCAACCUCUCUCAGUUGUCUGGAUUUCUUGAGCUUUUGGUAGAGUAUUUUAGAAAAUGCCUGAUUGACAUUUUUGGAAUCCUUAUGGAGUAUGAAGUGGGAGAUCCAGGUCACAAAGCACUUGAUCACAAAGCAGCCAAGAAAGAUGAUAGCCAGUCCUUGGCCGAGGAUACUGGGAAAGAGGAGAAUGAUGAAUGUAUUGACUAUUUUGAUGAAGAGGAGGAGGAGGGGGAGGAUGAAAAGGUAGAAGGAGAAGAAAAGAGCAUUGUUUUUUCCACUCCCGGUGCCAUUGCUGAUCCAAGUGAGAGGCCAAAACAAGCCAGUAAAUUUGACAAGCUGCCAAUAAAGAUUGUAAAGAAAAAUAAUCUGUUUGUUGUUGACCGAUCUGACAAACUUGGACGUGUUCAGGAGUUUGAUAGUGGACUUCUCCACUGGCAGCUUGGUGGUGGUGACACGACCGAGCACAUCCAGACUCACUUUGAAAGCAAGAUGGAGAUUCCUCCGCGCAGGAAAGCCCCUCCCCCCUUGAAUUCUCCAAGCAAAAAGAAGGACCUCGAGGGGAAAGGCGAAUCUGAGGAACAACAAGAAAAAAGUAUAACAGCUACCAUUGAUGAUGUCCUCUCAGCUCGACCAGGAGCAUUGCCCGAAGACUCCAACCCUGGUUCCCAAACGGAGAGCAGUAAAUUUCCCUUUGGGAUCCAUCAAGCCAAAAGUCACCGGAAUAUUAAACUGCUAGAGGACGAGCCAAGGAGCCGGGAUGAGACUCCUCUAUGCACCAUAACCCACUGGCAAGACUCCCUGGCCAAACGCUGCAUCUGUGUGUCAAAUAUUGUCCGUAGCUUGUCUUUUGUGCCUGGCAAUGACACCGAAAUGUCCAAACAUCCAGGCUUGGUGCUGAUCCUGGGAAAGCUGAUCCUUCUUCACCACGAGCAUCCAGAAAGAAAGCGAGCGCCACAGACGUACGAGAAAGAGGAAGAGGAGGACAAAGGGGUGGCCUGCAGCAAGGAUGAAUGGUGGUGGGACUGCCUCGAGGUCUUGAGGGAUAAUACAUUGGUCACAUUAGCCAACAUUUCUGGGCAGCUAGACUUGUCUGCUUACACGGAAAGCAUCUGUUUGCCAAUUUUGGAUGGCUUGCUGCACUGGAUGGUGUGCCCGUCGGCAGAGGCACAGGAUCCUUUCCCAACCGUGGGGCCCAACUCGGUUCUUUCGCCUCAGAGACUUGUGCUGGAGACCCUGUGUAAGCUCAGCAUCCAGGACAAUAACGUGGACCUUAUCUUGGCCACGCCGCCCUUCAGUCGUCAGGAGAAACUCUACGCUACUUUAGUUAGGUACGUCGGGGACCGCAAAAACCCGGUCUGCCGAGAAAUGUCCAUGGCGCUCUUAUCGAACCUUGCCCAGGGGGACACGUUGGCAGCGAGGGCAAUAGCUGUGCAGAAGGGGAGCAUCGGCAACUUGAUAAGCUUCCUGGAGGACGGGGUCACCAUGGCCCAGUACCAGCAGAGCCAGCACAACCUCAUGCACAUGCAGCCCCCGCCGCUGGAGCCGCCCAGCGUAGACAUGAUGUGCAGGGCAGCCAAGGCCUUGCUGGCCAUGGCGCGCGUGGACGAGAACCGCUCGGAGUUCCUUUUGCACGAGGGGCGCUUGCUGGAUAUCUCCAUAUCUGCUGUCCUGAACUCUCUGGUUGCAUCUGUCAUCUGUGAUGUACUCUUUCAGAUUGGGCAGUUAUGACAUAAGUGAGAAGCCAAGCAUGUGUGAGUGGAGAUUAGAGGGUCACAUAUAACUGGCUGUUUUCUGUUCUUGUUUAUCCAACGUAGGAAGAAGGAAAAAAAAAGAAUCUUUGCUCCUCUGCCCCAUUCACUAUUUACCAAUUGGGAAUUAAAGAAAUUAUUAAUUUGAACAGUUAUGAAAUUAAUAUUUGCUGUCUAUGUGUAUAAGUACAUCUUUUUAUUUUAUUUUUUUUAACCAAAGUUGCUGUCUAGUACAUUCAAAGGUCACACUUUUUUUUUUCCAUAGAUUAUCCUUUUCAAUGUUCUUUUCCAUGUUUGUAUUGCAUAUUUUUUGGGAAGCGAACUAGUGACUUUUUAAAAAAAAUGUUAUGGCAAACCAUUGUAUGAUGGAAAAAAAUUUUCACGACUUUGAAACGAAAAGGUGACAAAUUACCAACAUACCAAGUUCCUGUGUGUUUUAUUUUUUCAAAUAAGGAAAAAAUAUAAAAAAACUUGUAUACCAUCACCCAAAGCUCUGUGCAAUAGAAGAUUCUAGUGAUGUAGGUGUAGGGGAUCAAGGAGGGUGUCAGUCAGUAGUCAAAACUAUAUACAAAACGAUAUGGGUUUUCUCCACAGGAGAAAUGGCUACAUUAGGCUAGGAGCAAAACAAAACAAAAAAUUCAAGUUAAAAGAUUUUUAAACAAAACCUGAUGAUGAAGAUCAAUUGCUUCCUCACCAGAACUGUCGUGUCUAGAUCUGUUUUUUUGACCUUCCACCAUGACAGUUCUUCACAAUUCCUUUAAUCAUUUUUUAAAAUAUUUUUUUAUUGCCUAAGGGCCGUGAUGUAUAUAGAAGUUGUACAUUAAACAUACCCUCAUUUUUUUUUUAGUACAAAGUUUUUAGUUUCUUUUUCAUGAUGUGGUAUCUACAAAGUGAUAGUAGAUUUUUUUUUCUUUCAUUUGGGCCAUAUCUCCAGAAAAUAAUAAUAAAAAAAAAAGAAAAAGAAAAAAACCCAACACAGGAAACCAACAACUGAGGGUAAUGUACAAGUUUCUGUAUGUAUAAAGUCAUGCUCUAUUUCGGGAGAGCAGCCGAUCACAAUUUGCUUUAUAAAUCAAGGUGUGGAAAUGGUUACGUAUGGAUUGAUUUAAGAAAAUGGUUACCAGUCUACAGACAAAAAAAUAUAUACAGGAAAAAAGGAAGAAACACAACUUCAAAGAUUUUUCAGUGACGAGAAUCUGCAUUUGUAUUUCAAGAUAAUGUAGUUAAAAAAGAAAAAAACUUGAUGUAAAUUCCUCCUUUUCCUCUGGCUUAAUGAAUUUCAUUUAUUCAGUAUAAAAUCUUUAUAUGUUCCACAUGUUAAGAAUAAAUGUACAUUAAAUCUU